UUUUUGUGCUGUAUAUCCUUUUCUCUUACGGUAAUUGGCCGACGGCGCCGGUAGACGGGCUGACACUUCAGGUGGCGGCGGUGCAAGGUUUGUGGUGUGCUUGCCUAAGGGUCCUAACGGAUGUGGUAUAGGUUUUGGUACUUUCCACUCCAUACUCGCCAGCGGUGUUCAAUCUGAGGAUAUAAGAGGGAUUUGUUAACACCCCUGGAUGAGGUAACAGACUUAACAUGUUUAUUAGUAAGACGGUUACAGACGGGCAUAUUGCCUUACGGUUGUUGUUCCCUCAACUGGGUGGAACCCAGAUUCGUCGGACUGAUCCUGACGGAAAACGAAAACGGUGACGGGUUCGGCGGUGCUUUGGUUCGCCGGCGUGGACGAGAGCUGCCACCCUUUUCUUCACAGAAGCGGACCACUUCCGGAAGUCCGGCUGUUCUUUCAGUCGGGCCGCCAAACUUGGAGAUAGCGGUAUGGGCUCGACUGGGACAGGCCCUUCGGCGGCCGGGAUAUUGGGCGGGGAUGACGGAGACACGGACAUUGGAGGUAUCGGUAUUAACGGUGGCGGCACGGGACUUAAUGGGGGUGGCAUAGGAAUCAACGGUGGUGGCAUGGGAAUUAACGGUGGUGGCAUUGGAAUUAACGGUGGUGGCAAGGUUGGACCCGUCCAGACCCCCAUACUCAGUGCCGCGCCGGCUGUAGCCCAAUCCCACUGCCCCGCAGGUCGCCGAAGGAUCGGAUCGGUUCUGAGCAAUCCCUCGAUGAACCACCGGACAGGGGAGCUUAAGCCCGCCAGCUCCGCACCGGAGUAUCGAUCAUCCGGUUGUGGGAUCAGACCGGUGGCCACAUAUUAG